AUGGCCUUCCGGAGGAUCGUCAAAGAGCUCAAGGACCUUCAGAGAGACCCCCCCUCCGCAUGCAGCGCAGGCAGGUUAAAAGGAUUGAUCUUCCCGCGGCUGAUCUCCAUCGACUUCUCACCUCCUCUCUCUCUCUCUCUCUCUCUCUCUAAAUGCAGGGCCGGUGGGUGAAGAUAUGUUCCACUGGCAAGCGACGAUCAUCGGCCCCAACGACAGCCCAUACUCGGGGGGCCUCUUCGCGGUCUCCAUUCACUUCCCCCCAGACUACCCCUUCAAGCCCCCCAAGGUCAACUCCCUCCCCUCUCUCAGCCGCCGGGGCCUCAGAGUUGCCUCCCCCCGCUGACUUCUCUCAACUCUCUCUCUCUAAGACCAGGUGGCCUUCAAGACCAGGGUCUUCCAUCCCAACGUCAAUAGCCACGGGAACAUCUGCCUGGACAUCCUCAAGGAACAGUGGAGUCCCGCCCUCACCAUCUCCAAGGUCAACCCCCCGAGUUUUUUCAGAAAUUGUGUAUUAAACUAUCGUUAAUGGGUCUGUCUCAGACCAGCGGGUCAACUCAGUCCCCGCGGAUCCGACGCGGGUCAACUCAGAAACGGGCCUAUUUGGGCCCAACAUUUGUUGGGCCUAAUGAUACCCGACCCUGAUUCAGACUGGCCAAUGAAAGACACUGUGGAAAGGGGAAAUGGGCCUAAAUGAGCCUAGCCCAUUUUGGGCAAAGAAAGGAACUGACAGGGACAAGGGCAGGUAUUGCUCUCCAUCUGCUCGCUGCUGACGGAUCCGAACCCGGACGACCCGCUGGUUCCCGAGAUCGCCCACCUCUGCAAGACGGACCGGCUCAGGUACGAGGCAACGGCCCGCAGCUGGACCCAGAAGUACGCCAUGGGCUGA